GCAUCCCUCAUUUCAGAACCCGACGCCCUUGAUGCUGGUUCUACUGAAGUUUCAUCCAAGGGCAGCCCCUUCCCGACAGUAAACCACGUCAUAACGGUCACUUCUCAAGAAUCUGGAACCAAACCAUUGACCUUCACAUUCGUGCCAUCCAUUGGAAGACUUCCAACUCAUUUUGAGGUUGUAGAUGUCUCUAAGUUCCUUGUGACAAUUCCAGAUGAGCCAAAGGAUCUGAGCAAUAAAGAAAUUAUAAAUAAGUCUAGCGCAGUCUCUGAUGAGCUGGCCUUAAAGAGCAGGGCCAGACAAGAGUGUGUGCCUGCCGUCCAUACAGACAGCACCCGAACAACUUUCCCGACCCCGGGGUGUAACUCGAGCAAAGGAGAAAUGCAGGAGAAUGACCUUUUUAAGGCUGAGUUUAUCCUGAUUACGGACUCGGGUGAUGAAGAUGAAGUAGCUGCUGCCUCAAACAACAUUCAUCUGCCUUCCAAUGGCUACGGUCCCAUCAGCGCUCAGCUGCUGGCCACCUCCCAUGUUUCCCCUGGCACCGGGGCAGGGAAAUCUCCUGGCGAUGGGCACGUUCCAGGUGCUGCCCUUUCCCACAGCAGUGCUGAUCUGCAAAAACAUCAGCAGUACAAGAUCAAGACAAGCUACAAGGCAUUUGCAGCAAUCCCUACAAACACAUUACUUAUGGAACAGAAGGCAUUAGAAGAGCCAACCAAGACUGCUAGCGUGACUGAAGGCACUGCUUUGGACACCCAUUCAGAGAUGUGCUCCCCUGCCCAGCUCAGACAACAAACAGAAGAGCUGUGUGCUGUCAUUGAUCAAGUCCUGCAGGACCCAUUGACUAUGCGCCGAUGUGAGUCUUCUCCAAGCUUUCUGCAGAUGAGCACGGAGUCAGAUGUUGGCAAGGUGUCAACAUCACUGCAGAGAGCAGCUGGGCGUGAAACCAGAUAU